GACGCGGCGGUCAGGACGUCGAAGCCCAAGGAAGACAAGAGCCAGCCGGGUGGCCGAGCGGUGUCGCGGCCGCGGUGGGAUCGCCUUGGGCCGUUGCAGACGAAUCUCGGGAGCGAACGGCUCUGACAGUGAAGCAGCCUGGCUCCCGAGGUCCACCCCUCGUGCCCCAAGGUCCAGAUGGCGGCCAACGUGGGUGACCAGCGUGGCACGGAUUGGUCCUCGCAGUACAGCAUGGUGGCUGGGGCAGGCCGCGAGAAUGGCAUGGACACCCCCAUGCACGAGAACCCGGAGUGGGAGAAGGCUCGCCAGGCCCUGGCCAGCAUCAGCAAGGCGGGAGCCGCCGGCAGCUCCAAGGCCAGCAGCAAUGGGCCUGUGACCAGCGCACAAUAUGUGUCCCAGGCGGAGGCCCUGCAGCAGCAGCACUACUACCAGUGGUACCAGCAGUACAGCUACGCCUACCCCUACAGCUACUACUACCCCAUGAGCAUGUACCAGAGCUAUGGCUCCCCCUCGCAGUAUGGGAUGAGCAGCUCCUAUGGCUCAGCCACACCCCAGCAGCCGUCAGCCCCCCAGCACCAAGGGGCUCUGAACCAGCCCCCGGUCCCCGGCCUGGAGGAGAGCAUGGGCUACCAGGCCCCGCCCCAGCAGCUGCCGGCCGCCCAGCCCCCGCAGCCCUCCAACCCCUCGCAUGGGGCGCACGCCUUGAGCAGCGGCCCUCAGCCCGGGACAGCCCCCACCACACAGCACAGCCAGGCGGGGCCCGCCGUGGGCCAGGCCUACGGGCCGCACAACUACACGGAGCCGGCCAAGCCCAAGAAGGGUCAGCAGCUGUGGAACCGCAUGAAGCCAGCCCCUGGGACUGGAGGCCUCAAGUUCAACAUCCAGAAGCGGCCGUUUGCUGUCACCAACCAGAGCUUCGGCUCCAGCGCCGAGGCCCAGCACAGCGGCUUUGGCCCCCAGCCCAGCCCUGAGAAAGCUCAGAACCACAGUGGGCCUGCCGCCCGGGGCGGCCUGUCUGGGAAGCCCGACGACUGGCCCCAGGACAUGAAGGAGUAUGUGGAGCGCUGCUUCACCGCCUGCGAGUCGGAGGAGGACAAGGACCGCACGGAGAAGCUGCUCAAGGAAGUGCUGCAGGCCCGGCUGCAGGACGGCUCGGCCUACACCAUCGACUGGAGCCGCGAGCCGCUGCCGGGGCUGACCCGGGAGCCUGUGGCCGAGAGCCCCAAGAAGAAGCGGUGGGAAGCCCCUAGCAGCCUUCACCCUCCCCGCGGGGCAGGCUCGGCUGCAAGGGGCGGGGGUGCCCAGGCCCAGCGAGGGACCCCGGGGGCUGGGGGCGCCGGCCGGGCCCGGGGCAGCAGCUUCGCCAAGUUCGGCAACCGCAACGUGUUCAUGAAGGACAACAGCUCCUCCUCCAGCACCGACUCCCGCUCCCGCUCCUCCUCCCGCUCCCCGGCCCGCCACUUCCGCAGAAGCGACUCCCACUCAGACUCUGACAGCUCCUACUCGGGGAACGAGUGCCACCCUGUGGGCCGCAGGAACCCACCCGCCAAGGGCCGGGGCGGGCGGGGCGCCCACAUGGACCGGGGCCGAGGCCGGGCGCAGCGCGGGAAGAGGCAUGACCUCGCGCCCACCAAGCGCAGCCGCAAGAAGAUGGCCGCGCUGGAGUGUGAGGACCCGGAGCGGGAACUGAAGAAGCAGAGGCGCGCGGCGCGCUUCCAGCACGGGCACUCGCGCCGCCUGCGCCUGGAGCCCCUGGUGCUGCAGAUGGGCAGCCUGGAGAGCAGUGGGGCCGACCCCGACUGGCAGGAGCUGCAGAUCGUGGGCACUUGCCCCGACAUCACCAAGCACUACCUGCGACUCACCUGUGCCCCGGACCCUUCCACCGUGCGCCCCGUGGCGGUCCUGAAGAAGUCGCUGUGCAUGGUCAAGGCGCACUGGAAGGAGAAGCAGGACUACGCGUUUGCCUGCGAGCAGAUGAAGUCCAUCCGGCAGGACCUGACGGUGCAAGGCGUCCGCACCGAGUUCACGGUGGAGGUGUACGAGACCCACGCCCGCAUCGCCUUGGAGAAGGGUGACCAUGAAGAGUUUAACCAGUGCCAGACACAGCUCAAGUCGCUGUACGCAGAGAACUUGCCGGGCAACGUGGGCGAGUUCACGGCCUACCGGAUCCUCUACUACAUCUUCACCAAGAACUCAGGAGACAUCACCACGGAGCUGGCGUACCUCACGCGGGAGCUGAAGGCAGACCCUUGCGUGGCUCACGCCUUGGCGCUGCGGGCGGCCUGGGCCCUGGGCAACUAUCACCGCUUCUUCCGGCUCUAUGGCCGCGCGCCCUGUAUGUCUGGCUACCUUGUGGACAAGUUUGCAGACCGGGAGCGCAAAGCUGCCCUCAAGGCAAUGAUCAAAACGUAUGUGGCACUGCGCCCUCCUGCCCUCUGCCCUCGUGGCCCCGCGGCCUCUGGUCCCCCGAACCUGUCGUUGACGACUCCUGGCCCGCUGGCCUCCCCGCUGCUCUGUCAGCUCUCCCUCCUCACUGCUUCCUUCCACGUGGGCCUCUGGACGCCCGCCUCCUGCGUCCUGGGCCCCCUCCCCCACUCGUCUGCCCCUCCCUUCCUCCUGCUCCGGGCAGCCUGCACCUGCUGUGUCGUCUUCCCUGUGAGAUCUGCCCGGUCUCAUGCAGCCUCUGGCUAACCCCCACUCUAGAGAGAAACCAGACCAGGCGACCCCUGCUCCCGGCUGCUUCUGGUCCCAUGGGGCCAGGCCCCGUUCCCUCUCCCUGUGAGAGUGCCAGAAAAGCGUAGGGACACGGAUGGGACUCGGGCCAGCCACACCUCGGGCAGCGCGCAUGGCCAGUGAUGGGCCGGGCCCCGCCCACUGAGCCCAUCCUUUGGUUCACUGGGCUUUGGUGUCUGUGGGGUGGGGCCUCGGGGGCUGGUGGAAAGGCGUGACUCCUGUUGAGACCCAGGGUUGUCAGCCCUGGGAUUCAGAUGCCCCCGGGGACGCCGGGCAGUGUCAGGACACACUUCUGUUGUCACAGCUGGGGUGGUGACACCGUGUCCAUGCAGAGUCCGCUGGCCUGCCUGUUGGUUUGCUGAGGUUAGCAGCCCUGGCCAGAGGCUGGUGGCUGCUCCGGGGGUCCCUGAAUGCCAGCUGGCUGGCCUGGCCUUUCCAGGGAGGGAUUAGGGAGCCACAGCGUGGCCUAGAGCCGCUGUCCAGGAUCUCACCUGGGAGAUGUGGAGCCAGCGUUGGGCACCAGCGCACGGCCUUCCGCGUGCCUCCUUUGUGUGCGGCUGCCUUGGCGGGCCACACAACCACGGGUGUCCCCUGUGGUGGAGUCCUGGUCCGUCCUGGACCAUGCUCUCCCAGCGCCCUUCCCCUUGGGGCGUGCCUGUGACCACUCCUGUGGGGGCCCAGAGGCUGGCGUGGGGCAGGGUGGGAGUGGGCCCUCCUGUCCCAGGGCCACGGCGAAGCCUGGGCUUUGCCGGCGGGUGCACGGCCACCCCCGAGUCCUGGGCCGGGUGGCCAGGUGCCAUCGUAGGCCAGGAACCCGAGUUAGCGGCAGCUCAGGGAACUGCUGCUGGCCGGCCCCUGGUGAGCGAGCAUCCAGACCCGCCGUCCCCUGCCCGCCCCCUUUCCUCCUGGCCCCCCUGUGCAGGUAAGUGAGGGCGAGGGGGGGCACAGCUGGGGACGGGCCGCCAGCCCCACCCCGGGCCCCCCCGAGCCCCGAGGUGGGGAGGUGGGGUGGCUGGGGCAGCAGAGCACAGUGUGCCGAGUCCCGGGGGGCCGAAUGGGGGGCGCCCAUCCCUGCCGGUGGGGCCCUCCCCCACUCCUGCCCGCCUCAUCACGUUCUCCUCUUGUCUCCGUAGCUUCCGCCCUGCGCUGCCCGUCUCCUACCUGCAGGCCGAGCUGGCCUUCGAGGGCGAGGCCGCCUGCCAGGCCUUCCUAGAGCCCCUGGGCCU